UAUACCUUCGUCAGUGACUGGACUGGACUAGACUAGAGAGAGGUUAACUAUUUAUAUGUGGUGCGCGUCCUUUUUCAUAUCCUUCCUUCCUUCCUUCCUUUGAUUUGGUCACCGGAAAAAUGCAAUUUUCAGCCGCAGUAGGAUCACCGCCGUAUUCCACCCAUACACCAUCACCACCUGUACAUUGGAAUUGGAACUAUUCUACUACUACUGCUACUAGUAAUAACAACAACGUAUUUAUCUGUCGAAGCUCUUUGACCCCUAAAAAACCAGCAUCACCCCCAAAGGUGGUGGUUUCUGUCGCAGGUGACAACAACACUUCCAAGACUCAAGUCAUUGAUCUCAUUGAUGACGAUGACGACGUCGUUCGCCAAGCUCGGAGAUCUGCGGAUUGGAAGGCAGCAAGAGCUCAUUUAGAUAAUGGGAUUGUGUAUCAAGGAAGAGUUGAAGGAUCCAAUGGUGGUGGUUUGUUAAUUCGGUUUUAUUCUCUCGUCGGGUUUCUUCCAUAUCCACAGUUGAGCCCAUCUCAUUCUUGCAAAGAACCUGACAAGCCCAUACAAGAGAUAGCAAAAGCUUUAGCUGGUUCUCUCAUUUCUGUUAAGGUGAUUCAUGCUGAAGAGGAGAAAAGGAAACUGAUAUUUUCUGAAAAAGAAGCUGCUUGGUCAAAAUAUUCCAGUUUUGUAAAAAUUGGAAACAUAUAUCAAGCCAAAGUUGGAUCGGUAGAAGACUACGGUGCCUUUGCUCACUUGCAGUUCCCAGACGGAUCUUAUCAUCUAACUGGGCUUGUACAUGUGUCGGAGGUGUCAUGGGAUUUAGUACAAGAUGUUAGGGAUAUCCUGAACGAAGGUGAAGAUGUGAAGGUCAAAGUCAUCGGUGUUGAUAGGAAUAAAUCAAGAAUUACAUUGUCAAUAAAGCAACUGGAGGAAGAUCCACUACUGGAAACUUUGGAAAAAGUCAUUCCUCAAGAUGAUUCAAGUAAUUCUAGUUCAGAUGGAACCGCCGAUUAUGUCAUUGAGCCACUUUCAGGACUCGAAACGAUACUUGAAGAGCUACUUCGAGAAGAUGGGAUAAUUGACGUGAAGGUAACACGUCAAGGAUUUGAGAAACGCGUGGUAUCACAAGAUCUGCAGCUUUGGUUGUCCAAUGCACCACCUAAUGGAAACCAGUUCACUCUCCUUGCUCGAGCCGGAAGACAGGUACAGGAAAUACAACUUGUAACUUCACUUGAUCAAGAUGGGAUAAAAACCGCAUUACAGAGAGUCCUGGAGCGCGUUCCAUGAGUCGAAUUAUUCUCUUAUGUUGUUGAUAUAUAAGGCGAGUUAUUACAGUUUCCUACUUAUUGUACAGAAAUCACACUGAACCUGUAACUAUUCUUUUACUGGUGUAUGGCAACCUGGCUCGAUUCAUAGCA